UUUCAACCGUCAAUUCCCCCCCUGCGACAGAACCAAUCCCAUGGUCUCACUCCGGGGCGGUGAUGAAACCCUUACAAGCGCUUUUGCGCAUCUGGACCUUGUUCCUCGUAAGGGUCGCCUCGUACCGCUGAGGACGAAAGACGAAGUUCGAGCCUCACUCGAGACCUACCAAGCAUAUGUUGUCGAGCUGCCUUCGAAAUAUGCCGGCGUGAUUAAGGACGCCAUUCAAAGAGCACUUCCCGACCUGAAGACGGCCGACUUUCAGCACUUACGCCGUGUCGUGCAAUUCAAAUUCUUGCCGCCACAUCUCCAGCAACAGUUCAAGUCACCCAGAGGUGAUACUGAACCUGCGCUUGAUGAUGCUGAGGCUGAAGAUGAAUCUGCAGUUCGAUACUUUCUCGUCUCCCCCACGAGUGCGAUUCAACAUGCCGAUCUGCUCGCUACCCUGAGGAAGAGUCCACCCUUUACGAACAGGCCACCCCGGAUCUUUUACGUGACCGUCCCCGCCCUUGCCCCUACAUCGGCGGAGCAGGCAGAGAAAUGGACGAACCAAUUCUGGCCCAUCGCCUACAAGAACACGAAUCCGUACGGACCGCAUCCUAGUCUCGUCUCACGCAAUACUGCCGAGAUUGAAGCUGACGCUGGACACCUUCUUGCCCUUACCCAGUCUGCCGCUAACCAAACAAGCGAAAAGGGCUUAGGUGAGCAGGUGGGCUGUGUUGUAGUAGAUAAUAGCAACGGCCGACAGGAGAUCAUUGCACUGGCAGGAGACUGUCGCUGGCGCUCCCCCCUUGGCGAAGCUGAGCCAAAAGAAGGUCAGGGCAAUGUCAUGGCUCACGCAGUUCAACGAGCAAUCGCUAUCGUCGCAAAGAAGCGACUUCGAGCUGCCGGGAAAGACGAGCUUAUUCUGGAUCGGACUCUCUUCUGCGAUACGCCGUUGACCGACUUGGAAGCCCAGGUCUUCGAAGUGGACAAUAUCGCUCGCAACGGAUACCUCUGCGUCGACCUGGAUAUAUACGUCACCCACGAGCCUUGCGUCAUGUGCUCAAUGGCGAUCCUGCACUCUCGGUUCAAGCGGUGCAUUUUCGGGACAAGGAUGCCUUUUACCGGAGGAUUGACAGCAGAUCCCGUCAAGGGAAGAGUCGGCGAGAAUGUGCAUGUUGAGAAGGGACUCGGACAUGGUAUUUUCUGGCGUCCUUCGGAACUCAAUUGGAAAUUGUUGGCAUGGGAAUGGAAGGAUGAGGACGCGGCUGACGAGGGCAUGAUUACGAACAGCAUUUCAGAUACCCUUCAAGCAUAGACUUAGACGCAUGGUGGCGCCCUUGCUUUCGGACUGUAAUUAUAGCUUAGGAGUGUGUAUUUUAGGGUCUGUUUCAGCUACUGGGUUAGCAUUGAUCAUUGUCACAUGCAUCCGUCCUCC